AUGGGCAAGCCCAAACGACAGUCUACUGGCAAAGGGCACCGGUCAGAACAGUUGGACGAACAGUCGCUAUCGAGCUUGACAGCCAUGAUUGAAAAGACCCUCAGCAGACCUACCACAGACGGAGGUGCCAAAAAGAAUAAGAAGCGAAAACACUCCGACGAAUCAUCAGCGAGCCCUCACCAGCGAAAGAAACCAGCCCAGGGACGUGAAAGGUUCACAAAUGGUGGCCGGGAAGCAUCGAAUAAGCCAGAAGGUAGGCACGGUGGCAACCUCUCCCGUGAUGACCUACUGGAAGAGAUUCGUGCCCUGGGUGGCGAUGAAGAAGAUCUGAAGCUCAUUGGGGAUAUCGACUCGGAUCAGGAGGAUGUUGCUGGCGAGGACAGCUCCGGAUCCAAUGAGGUUGUUGACGGGAAGCUCAAGAAUGAACUGGCUGCUUUCGCAGCUCAGCUCGGUCUUCAGCAGUACCACGAGGAAACCACCGCCAACGACGACGGUGAGGACGACAACGUUGACGACGCAGAUAGCCAGCUUGAUAAGGGCGACUCACUAUCCGAAGUUGAUGUCAACAACUUCGCACUCCCUCCUCAAGAAUCCAUGCCUCAAGAGGCUAAUAUUGCGCCCAAGAAGCAGUUCAAAUUCGAGCCUCGUGCUGAGUGGCAUGGUGCCGAACUAAGCCAGCUUCCCGAACCAACUUCUGCUGAAGUAGAUGCCUACCUGGGUGCCAUCAAUGCGCUGAAAACCCAUGCUUUGACACUCUUGGAGGCGGAUGCAUCGGCAUACAACAAGAGCGUCUUGGCAUCAUCCUCUCGAAAGUUCCUGUCUACCAUUAUGUCCUCGGGAACGCUAUCCGAUAAAGUAUCUGCACUCACGCUGGCAAUCCAGGAAUCGCCAUUGCAUAACAUCAAGGCUUUCGAAUCGUUGUUGGGACUUGCAGCCAAAAGAAGUCGUGCUCAGGCAAUCGGAGCGCUGGGCGCGCUGGUUGAUCUCCUUGGGCCUGGUCUCGUGCUGCCUCCAAACAGAAGAUUGCGGACCUUCCAAAGCCAACCAGGCCUGAUCGGGGCCCUGCAACGAUCGUCUCUCAAGAACUGGAGCCCCAAUCAGCCCCUGCCUGGUCGCCUUACGGAAGCGCAUCUUGUCCAAUGGGCAUUUGAAGAUUGGCUGAAAACAUCUUACUUCAGGGUCGUUCAGCUUCUUGAAGUAUGGUGCAAUGAUGAGAUCGAAUACUCUCGCACUCGGUCUCUGGAUUUCGUCUACGGCUUACUCAAGGACAAGCCGGAACAAGAGACGAACUUACUAAGACUGCUGGUCAAUAAACUUGGCGACAAGGACCGCAAGAUUGCCUCAAGGGUCUCAUAUCUCCUACUCCAACUUGAGACUACCCAUCCUGGGAUGAAGCAGGUGGUCAUUAAGGGUAUCGAACAAGAGGUUCUGCUUCGGCCAGGUCAGACCUUCCGAGCGAAAUAUCACGCUACGAAUACGCUGAACCAGACGAUCCUGAGCAACCGCGAGGUCGGCACAGCCGAAACACUUCUCCGCAUCUACUUCGAUAUAUUCGUCACCCUUCUCCAUAGCUCUGCCCUUGGGAUAGCCCCUGCUGAAGGCCAACAGGAGCAGCCAGCAUCAGGCAAGGAUUCCAGCGUGACGACAGAGACGGCUGACAAGCUGGUCACUGCAGUGUUGACAGGUAUCAAUCGUGCGGUACCAUUUGUUGCAGCACAGGAUUCCAUCUUGGAGACCCAUAUGGGUACACUUUUCCGCAUUGCGCAUUCUACAAACUUCAACACUAGCAUCCAGGCGCUUAUCCUCAUCCAGCAAAUAUCUGUGUCAAGGCAGCUGGCAUCCGACAGGUUUUACAGGACAUUGUACGAGUCCUUGCUGGACCCGCGGCUCGUCAACUCCUCAAAACAGGCUCUCUACCUUAACCUGUUGCUGAGAUCUUUGAAGGCCGAUGUUGACACUCGACGGAUAAAGGCUUUCGCCAAAAGAAUGUUGCAGAUCCUCAACAUGCAUCAACCAGCAUUCGCCUGUGGAUUGUUGUAUGUGGUGUUCCAGCUGCGAAUCCAGUUCCCAGAUCUCAGGGCACUUCUCGCGGAGCCCGAGGAGAACGACAUCGAAGAGACAACUAGCCAGGCUAUGGACCACGAGCAGAACAGAUCCAUCUCCAGAGGAACCGCGUACGACGGCCGAAAGAGAAACCCUGAGCAUAGCAAUGCCCAGAAUAGUUGUCUUUGGGAAAUUGUCCCUCCCCUUACUCACUUUCAUCCAUCCGUUUCGUUGCUCGCCGCCAGCUUAUUUUCGAACGAGAAGCAAAUGACCAAACCGGACCUAGAGAGCCACAGCCUGAUUCGCUUCCUUGACAAGUUUGUGUACCGCAGUCCCAGGGUGGCCGAGACUGCCCGAGGAGCGUCCAUUAUGCAGCCAGUACGCAACCCGGAUUCAGGCAGCAUUUGGCUUGCAAAGAGAACUGGUUCAGCUGCUGCUGCGCCCCUCAACACGCCAAGCUUCUGGAACAAGAAGGUCGAGCAGGUUGCGGCGGAGGAUAUCUUCUUCCACGAAUACUUCAAGCAGGCAGGCAAGAAGAACGAGCCAGGCAAGCAAGAAGUUACGCCGUCUGCGCACAUGACAGAGGAACCCGUGGAUGACGCCGAGCAGGAGGAUGAGAUUUGGAAGGCGCUUACUGCUAUACAUCCGGACGGUCCAAUCGACAGCGAGGAGUCUGACCUUGACAUGGAUGGUUUUAGUGACAGUGAUGACGGUUCCGGUGGUGGUGUCAUAUUCUCUGACGGUUCUGACGCUGAUCUGUCCGACAGCGACGAGGUUGAUAAGACCAUGGAGGAUGACGAGGCCGACCAGGAUGGAGGAUACGACGAGAUGGAUAAUGGUGAGGAGGGUUCCGAACUCGCUGCACUUCCCGAAGCAUCUGAGGAGAUUGGCGAACAGACCAAGCGUGGUAGUCGAUCAUCGAAAAGGAAACUCAAGGAUCUGCCCAUGUUCGCCUCGGCUGAUGAUUAUGCCGAACUGCUGGCUCAGGAGGAGGACAUAUAA